AUGCAGGUUGAAGUGGAGAGGGAGGAGGAAGAGAUGAGAGAGGAGGACGGGGAUGAGGAGGAGGAGGAGGAGGAGGAGGAGGAGGAGGAGGAGGAGGAGGAGGAGGAGGAGGAGGAGGAGGAGGAGGAGGAGGAGGAGGAGGAGGAGGAGCAGGAAGAGGAGGAGCAGGAAGAGGAGGAGCAGGAAGAGGAGGAGGAGCAGGAAGAGGAGGAAGAGGAGGAGGAGCAGGAAGAGGAGGAAGAGGAGAAAGAGCAGGAAGAGGAGGAAGAGCAGGAAGAGGAGGAAGAGGAGGAGGAGCAGGAAGAGGAGGAAGAGCAGGAAGAGCAGGAAGAGGAGGAAGAGGAGGAAGAGCAGGAAGAGGAGGAAGAGGAGGAAGAGGAGGAAGAGGAGGAAGAGGAGGAAGAGGAGGAAGAGGAGGAAGAGGAGGAAGAGGAGGAAGAGCGUGGGCAUGAGAAGAUAGAGAAUGCUCUAGAGGAAGAAGUUGGUGACAACUAUGACUUGGUGCAGCCCUACGCCCAGGAACAUGUUAUGGCAGCCAGACUCGUCCAGAGGGGGCGAACGAGGGUUGGAGGUUUAGGCGGAGGUGCCGGAGGGUGCAUGGGGGAGAGGCGUGAAGGGGGGGAGAGCGGGGAAGGGAGAGGCGGGGCAGAUAAAGUGGACAGGAACGGACAGCGGGAACGAGAUCGGCAAGAGCAAUUGCAGCGGGGCCGAGCACGCCGCAACCCCGUUUUCAGUGACGACCCUAACCACAGCCUUUUCUUUUUCCUCACCCUCGCCCCCUGCCACUGCCCCGGCCUCUAUGCCUCGCUCUCCUCCCUCACCCUCCACCGCCUCUCGCCCAUUUCCUCUCACUCCCUCGCCUCCCUCUGCCAGCUGCCCUCUCUCACCUCACUUUCCGUCCUGGGAACUUCCAUCAAUUCCUCAGGCAAUUUUCGGUUCUCAUCCUUCUCUCCGCUCCACCAGCUCGUUCUGGACUGCCCAGACCCCAGUGAGCUGAAUUUUGGCACUUUCUACGCCGAUGAGAGCGAGCCGUUAGAGAGGCUGAAGGAGCUGCAUUUCAGCCGCGUCACGAACCACCUGCUGCUGGAGGUUGGCGGGUUGACAGGCCUUGAGGCCUUCUCCUGCACGUGCAGUGAGGAAGUGACUCAUUGGGGUUUGAGGAACCUGAAUCGCCUCACCAGGCUGACGAGGCUGCAGGUGGCGCCAGCAAACCUGGAGGACCAUCACCUGCAGCUGCAGUUCCGCAAUGAUUCCUUGCCAGAUAUCUCCACGGUCUGCCAGCGGCCCACUCCCAACAGCAAGCGCGCUUGUUAUUGUGACUUUCGGCUUUUUAACCCCAAGUACCCGUGCUUGGAUGGCAGUGUCUGGCAGGUGGUGGGUGCGCUGCACGGCUUGCAGCAGCUUGGCGUGCAUGGAGUGGCCAGCAGUAAUCAAGACCUGCAAGCCCUCACUGCUCUCACACACCUUACCUCUCUCCACAUCACUGGCACCAACCUGAACGAUUAUGCAUGCUUCAAGGGCUUUUCUCAGUUGAGGGACCUGGGGCUGGCUGGGUGCAGCGUGGAUGUGGAAUUGUACGUGUGGGAGUGGAGCCGCAGCAUGCCACAGUUACAAUCCUUGGAUCUAUCAGCCACGCGGAUCAGCUACAAGAGCACAUCUCAGCUUUAUUUACUUACGAGUUUGGAGCCCCUGAAGGUGCAGCAGUGCUGCAACCUGCGUGAGGCGUUCCUGCGGCAUGUGAGCCUGAUACCCCAGCUGAAGGAGCUGGAUGGGCUUUAA